AAGCAUUCGAGUUCGAUAAGAAAAAAAGCUUACGAAAAAUUGGGUACGUAUAUAGGAAAUGCGCAAGCUGACAGUCAAACAGUGGCUGUUCGUCAUCCAUGUUGGAUUGUUGAGGCAGUCACGGUACCGCGUAGAAUAUCAUGUGACCCCAUGACAUUGAUUGUGAUUCUUGAAACAGUCACGAUUGAUCUGCACCCGCCGACUUCUUUCUACGCGCCAUCCCUUUUCUGUUUAUAGAUGCGCACAAUAACGCACUAGAGUUAACCAGGUCUCAAGAUACGUAUCUGUGUAGAUGGCGCCUGCACUCGACUCCCAAAUAGCUUUCGCGAUACAGAUCCGUUUCUAUAAAGCAUAGCGCAUCUGGGACAUGAGGGAUCCUCCAACUUCGUUGUGUAAGACAUGCGAGGUCUCAUCGCGAGAUUUGUGGCAGCUCUGCUGCUGUCGCCCCUCAGGGGGGUAGACGCGUAUGCCGUCUUCGCGCACUUCAUGAUCACGAACACUGCGUCAUGGGGCGUCGCGGACUGGGUUAGCGACAUGCAGACUGCGCAGGCGGCCUCCAUCGACGCCUUUGCGCUCAAUAUGGCUGUCGGGGACUCCGCCAACGGUCAGCUCGGGAACGCGUUCGCGGCUGCACAGACCACGGGCUUCCAGCUGUUCAUCUCGUUCGAUUAUGCAGGGAAUGGACCGUGGUCGCAGCAGAGUGUGAUCGAUACGCUGACGCCCUGGAUCGGCAACGCGCAUUACUUCAAGAAGGGCAGUAGUCCCGUCGUUUCGACCUUUCUUGGCACGGCGCAGCACGGGGAUUGGAAUUACAUCAAGAGUGUUACUGGGUGCUACUUCAUUCCAGUCUGGUCGUCUGUAAGCGCGAAAGAGGCGUGGGGAUAUGGCCAAGCGAACGGGUUGUUCAGUUGGGCAGCGUGGCCAACUGGCCCUGCGUCAAUGAAUACAUUCCCCGAUGCCUCGUACCUGCUGUUCAUGAACGACAACAUCGAUAACCGCCCGAACGGGACCAACUACAUGAUGCCUGUGUCGCCGUGGUUUUACACCAAUCUUCCCGGAUACAACAAGAACUGGCUCUGGAACGGGGACACGCUAUGGUUCGAUCGAUGGGACCAGGUCUUUUACACACGUCCGGACUUUGUGGAGAUCAUCACAUGGAACGAUUACGGAGAGUCUCACUACAUUGGUCCUUUGCAUUCCAGCUCUUUCACAGCCUUCAGCAUCGGGAACGCACCUUAUAACUACGCAGAUGGCAUGCCUCACGACGGAUGGCGCGCCUUUCUUCCUUACUUAAUCGCCACCUACAAGACCGGCAAGGCAACGAUCACCCAGGAACUGCUGACCGCUUGGUUUCGGCUCACUCCUGGGACCGCAUGCGCCGACGGAGGCACGACCGGCAACACCGCAUCUCAGCUGCAGCUUGAGUACCCGCCCGCGCAGAUUCUGCAGGACAAGAUCUACUUCGCUGCGCUCCUUGCCGCCGAAGUCGCACCCAGCGUCACGGUCGGAGGGAGUGCUGUGUCUGCCCAGUGGGACAAUCGUCCGUUCGGCGGCGUAGGCAUCUUCCGGGGGAGCGCUGCGUAUGGCGGAAGUCUCGGCUCCGUGGUCGUGACAGUAGGCGGGAUGACUGUUUCCGGCCAAAGCAUCACGAAAGUGUGCCAGGGUGGGAUCACCAACUGGAACGCCUGGGUCGGCGGUGCUACUGGCCCGAGCACAAGCGUUGCUCCAUCCUGGAGCAUCUACGAUACCAAUGCUUCGUGUGUCGCUGGAUCUAGCGUCGGUAAUUACAUUGGUCUGUGCAGCUUCGCAUGCCAAUACGGUUACUGCCCGUAUGGCUCUUGUGUCUGCGACGAGAUGGGCCUCCAGUCCAAGAGGCCACCUCCAACUACGACCGCAGGAUAUCCUGCUGCUGGAUUGGAUUCGACCUACCAGGGUCUUUGCUCUUUUGAUUGUACUUACGGGUUCGUGAAAUCUGGUGCUUGGGUCUUGUAUGCAGCUGAGGACGUCACCAGCUACUGUCCAAUGCCUGCCGCUUGCGACACGGUCAGCCACCCACUCGCGACCGCGACGAUCUCGCCCUUCAAUCCGAAUACGUGUGUGAGCGGGCACUUCAUCUCUGAUCCAAACAUGCAAGGGUUGUGUAGCUUUGCGUGUGGGUAUGGGAUGUGUCCGAUGCACAUUUGUCAAUGUGAUGUGACGGGUCCGCAACCUGUGCUUCCGCCGUUUACCCCAUCGGCGACAGGGACGCCGGCUCCGGGUGUGACGGACGAUGGAUUGUGCAGUUUUGCUUGUGGGUAUGGUUAUUGCCCUUCCGGUGCGUGUGGUAAUGCGGGUGUUCCUCCCACUGCUACUUCUGCAACUGGACUCUUCACGGUUAUUGAAUGGGAUCCGAAUCCGUCUCCUCCGCCCGGUGCCGUAUCGGAAACCUUUGUGCAGCUUCCCGGAGUCGACACAUCUGUUGCGGUGUCGCUCAUCCCGGAAACGACAGUCACUUCGACCCGAGUGGUGACUAUUGCAGCGUACACGACCAUCGCCACAGUCUACACGAACCUGCCGAAUGGUUUCGGUCUGGUCACGACCACAGCCGUCAUUCCAGCGUCAACGACCACAUUGUCAAUCUUGCAGACCGAGGGCGUGACCGGCACCUCGCUUGCUCUGGUCACCAAGACGCCAACCACAGUCGCCGUGGCAGUACCUACGGCCACAUCGACUGUCACGGUUGAAGGCGUUGCGAUCGUCCUUGGUCCCGGGGGCCAGCCCGUCGAAGAGCCCGUUCCUCAGGAUAUCUCCCAGCCGGGUGCUAUCGUCCCUACUUUCUCGUGGAACAUCUCUCCCAGUCCGAAUGCGACGGUCAUCAUCUACACCGCCCCACUCACUUCGCCUGUGACAUGGGCGUCCACCGUCACGAUCCCGCCGAAGAGCACUUCUCCACCCGCGGUUGUGACCGGUCCUCCGGGCGAUCGUGGCCGUCCUGGCUGUGGCGGCGGAUUAGGCGUUUGGUCCGUCUUGUUUGGCGGGAUCAUCCGGGGAUGUCCGCCUGCAGAUGUCGGCAUCCGCGGUGGAAUCACACCGGCGGUCGUCCCGCCGUUCGGAUGGACGGGUCCUUGGACGGAUCCAUUCGUUCUGCCGACUCCUGGUCCCGGUGCCAACAAUGGCCAAGGAAACACGGAGACGCAGACGACGAGCACGAGCACGACCACUUCGACUACGAUGAAUGCGUGUCCAAUCCAGACGGCGUAUAGCUUGUCGGAUGACCCGGAAAAUGCUGAUUGGUCAGGUGAGGGGACAGAUCCUGACACAAGGCGUCGUAGGAGCCUGGGCGAGGAACCCCCGGCUAGGACUGCAGAGAAGAAGAUUGCGGAUACGUGGGCCAACAGCUCGGAUGUGGUCAAACGGGUGGGACGCGAGGCCGGUGUCCCCAUCUGCGAUAUCGUGUACAACUCGCCCAACCCAGUCAAUCUCGUCGUAGGACCGUAUCUUCACGUUCCUUUAGCUGCUGGCGGUGGGACUAGUGUCACUCUCGUCAACACGCCCGGUCAAACGAAACCGCUCAAUCCUCUGGUGUCCUCCAAUCGCAAGUCGCCUCUUCCUCGCUUGUUCCCAAUCCAGCUCAUCCAAUCGGGUAUAUUAGCCAGGUAUGUCACUGGCCAGGGUUCUGUCGGCCCUCCAUCAAUGACCUAUUGCCAGUUCUUCACCUUUCUGGCUGGUCCAGGUGCCAACCAGGCUGCCAAUUGCGCGAGCAUUGGCAAUGAUAUUAUCAACGGUCCCGCCGUAGGAGGAGCGAUCGGUGCCCAACUUCUCGCAGCUAUUGAUAAUGUUGCCAACAUGGUUUGGGUUGACAAACCAAUGAAUCAAGGCAUGUGGGCCAAAUCUAACGUGGUCAACCGCAAUACGCUUACCCUAGACAAUCCUCCCCAACUCGACAACAUGCUCAAAUUCAUCAGCUUCACUGAGGCGCAAAGUCUACAGCUGAUGCGGGAUACGGAGUUUUUCUUGCGCAACAUUGCUGCAUUGGGCGAUUAUUUUGCUGCAACAGCUCCCAUCUUCGCUGCCACGGCAGCGCAAUUCCAGCAGAUUCUUUCGAAGGCUACACCGAGUGUCGUGUUCGAUCCGACGGCAAGCUUGCCGCUCAUCUUCUACAACUGGCUAUCGAAUUUGUUGUCUGCAUACCCCAACGGCUGCACAUUCCGGGCAAUCAACACGUGGAACUACUACAGGUCUGAACUUGCUCGAUUGAACACCAUCUCAGUGCUCACAUGCGCCGACAGCGACAGUAUUGAUGACAUUGCCCAGGCUUCGAACCAGCCAGCUCCGAAUUGCUUACCGUUGUACAGACUGAACCAAUACACGCCCUCGACCUUCAAUUUCCAGAAUCUGCUCCCCCCUGCGCCGAACCUGCCGCGCUGCAAUGUUCCCGGGACUCUGGGCUCGGUGGGGUAUGUGGAUUCUGGCGGUAAUGCAAUUAGCUCGCUUCCGGGAGCGGUAACCGAGCGGAUCAUGGGUUCGGGCGAUACGCAACUGCAAUAUUACGCCGUGGGGUCGGGCCAGUCCGUGGUCGACACGCACUACCAAGCAUUCUCUAUGGCAGGCGCCAGUUGCGCGGGCGUUUACAACAUCCACGAAGCCGCGCCGGGGCAAGGCGCUGUUGCCGACGCCUUCAUCGUCCUGAACUGCGGCACGAGCACCGGCAAGCAACAGGUCAACUUCAACUUUGUCGUCGCGGGGCUGACGGGGCAGCUGGCGUGCGCGGCGCAGCCCUCACCGGGCGGGACGAACAUCCUGUGCAGUGCGACUGCGGCCCAGGCGUUGAGCUGUGCGGCGGCGAGUCCGUUCGGUGCGCAGAGCGUGCAGAUGCGCUGGUUCCCGCAGUAGAGAGCACGUGUUGCACGUAUAUAUGUUGAGCAGCGCGUAUCGGUAAUCCACUUGUUAUAUAUUCUUCGUUGAAACUGCGCAAUCGUCAGAAUCGGGCCUCCCUUAAUUACUCAGGUAAAGCAUCCCCCACGUAGGGGAAAGUCUGA